AUGGCGAAAACAAAACGCCAAGACUGGAACCGCCGCACAGACUCGACGGUAACAGCGAUGUACCUCCGACGUGGCAACAGCACAAACAACUUCCGGUGCAGAAGCAGGAAGCAGCUCUGGCAUCAAAAGAAUAAAACCAAUGUGGCUGAUGUUGCAGCUUCCAUUGAACAGCAACUGGAAACAUCUGGGGCCAGAGUGAACCUAGCCUGCAGGGACAUGACCAGAGCCCGCAUUGCAGCUGAUGAGAUCCGGCAGAAGAGUGGGAAUGACAACGUGGUGAUGAAGGAACUUGACCUGGCCUCACUGCAGUCUGUCAGAGACCUAGCCAGAGACAUUCAGGUGAACGAACAGCGUUUGGACAUCCUCAUCAACAAUGCAGGUAUCAUGAUGUGUUCUAAGUGGAAGACUGAGGACGGCUUUGAAAUGCAGUUUGGUGUCAACCACCUGGGACAUUUUCUCCUCACCAACUGUCUCCUUGACCUGCUGAAGAAGUCUGCUCCAAGUCGCAUUGUCAUUGUCUCCAGCCUGGCACAUGAGAAAGGUCGUAUACACUUUGAUGACAUCAGUCUCAAUAAAAACUACUGCCCAAUACAGAGCACUGGUGUGACAGUGUACAGCCUUCACCCUGGGCAUAUCCGCACAGAGUUAGGCCGCCACUGGUUCCCUACUUUACCCUUUUGGAAGAGGAUCUUAGUCAUACCAAUAAUCUUACUGAUCAAAAACCCCUGGCAAGGAGCCCAGACCACUAUCUACUGCGCCGUGGACGAGAGCUUGGCGAACGUCAGCGGCCUCUACUACAGCGACUGUGCCCCCAAAACGCCGGCACCACAGGCCCUGAAUGACACCACAGCUAAGAAGCUGUGGGACCUGAGUGCUUCUAUGGUCGGACUGGCUUAAACACAGCAGCCUGUCCUGCUUUUAUCAGCCAUUCCCCCUGCUGGAGUCAGUGGCCCAGUUUAUAUGCAAGCACACUGUUUCAUUCUGUUAUUGAAUGUGCAUAAGGCCAUUGUCUUAAGAUUUUUCCACCUGCUCAAAUCUUCUUCUCCUGUCAGUUGAAUAUUAAUGAGCUCUAUUGUUUUAACUUUAUCUUAUGUAUAUUCAGCAUACUUUAUAAUUGGUGCUAAUUGUUUAUCCCUGGUAUGCUACUGUAUUCCUAGCAGUAAAACAUGCAAAGGAUACAGACUUUUAAUGUGUGUGCAUGUGCCUUUGUAUUACUUACAUCAUGAGGAACGGAACCUAUUAACACACUCUCACUGUGGGGACCCGGCCAGUGGGGACUAGCUUCUGGUCCCCACCAGGAAAUCACUGAAUUUUAGGGUGGCAACAUGGUUGAGGUG